AGGUGAAGCAACAGAAAAGGCAUGUUGGUUGCAACACUUCCACACCAUUCAUACCACUAGAGAAAGGUCCUCUUGCAACUCUACCCCCUUGAAAAGGCCCAGAAGAGAGGCUGAGGAUUCUGAUUGUAGUUUCCAACCAGGAAUGACUGACAGCAGCAUCUAUAAUGAGAGCACUGUAAUUGCAACACCACCCCAUAUAAUGAGGAAAUUCAUUGUUUAUGAGGAAAACCUCAUGGACCUGUUCAAAAAUUGCCCUGCCUGCUCAAGACACUGUGCAAUAAAGAGCAGAACAGUGGGUACAGUUCUACAUGUGGACCAGACCUGUGUUCAUUGUGAACAUCACAAACAGUGGGCCAGCCAACCGUAUGUCAAGAACACACCAGCUGGAAAUCUGCAGCUUGCUGCUGCUGUGCUCUUUAGUGGCUCAUCCUUCUUGCAAGUCACCAAGUUUAUGCAGGCAUUCAACAUUCAGGGGAUUUGCCACACUACAUACCUGAAACACCAAAGGACAUUCCUAUUCCCAACAAUCAAUUGGCAGUGGAAACAGCAUCAAAAUACUGUGAUUGCAGAAGCACUCAAAGGAAGGAAUGUAGUUCUGGGUGGGGACAUGCAUGCUGACUCACCUGGACUCAACUUGCAGCCAUGCACUACAACGAAAAUAGCGGAAGACCACAAGCAACAACAGCUUCAUGGGAGCUCUGAUGGCACAUGCAGUAUCCACACUACAGAAGAGAAGAGUACACAGUACGACUUCUGAAAAGAAAUCCCACAUAAGGAUCCUGCCCUGACAGCCCUGUCCAUCUUGUCUCUGUUCCAUGUUUCUUUGUUUGUUUUGUGUCUAAGCCCAUGGUUCUCCCCUUGUCCCACCUCCUUGUUACCCCUGGUCACGCCCCCUUGUUUAGCCCUUUUCUGCUUGAUUGUUUUCACCUGAUCCUCAUGUGUACUGUCCUAUAUAUUGGGGUUUCUUUCCUUCUGUCUCUGCUGGUUCGUUUUUGGUGUUUACUGGUUUCUUGGGCCAGAAUUGAUCCUGCUCAAGUUGUUUUUGAUCUCUUGUCUAGUUUAUCAAUAUCCUUGGUUACUUUUUGGCUUUUAGUUCUAUCUAGUUCUUGUUUUUGGAUUGUGCACAUCCUAAUCUAGUUUUUGUUUUAUCUUUUGAUUCAGGGUUUCAUUUACUCAGUUUGAGAGUGCAGCUCCUUUUUGGAUCUUGGCUUUUUGUUUUUAAACUCAGAUUUAUUUCUUUGGAUAGUUUUGUUUAUUUUGCCCUUUUUUGUUCACUCUGUUUUCAAUUGUCUGUGUCAUUUUGAGUCUAGUCUUGUUUUUGUGUAUUGUCCUGUCUUGCCCCCACUCAGAUUUCCUGGCCACUGAACCCCACUGCCUGGAAGCGGCUCACCUCUCUGACGUGUCAAGUCUCUGGUCUUGUGAGUCUCUACCUGGUGACUAGACUGGUGACAUUUGAGUUUCGCUUGAAGCUACGGGUUUCCUGUGUCUACCUGGCCCUUCCUCUGGAGCAGCCUACUCAGUGCUUGGGCCUGUGGUCAUCUUGGACUGUCUCAGUGGUCAUCCCUCCUGCCCGUAUUGUCUGCCCUGCCCAUCUGUUUGAACUUUCACUGCAAAUUCCCCCAGCUGUUCCAGUCUAUGUUUUGUUAAUAAAAUACCCUUGUCUGCUCAUUCUGCAUUUGGGUCCUAUUUCUUGCAGUUCCCUGACAGAACGAACCAGCCAAUUCGGGACCCAGCAAUGAGCAUCCAUAUUGUUCCUCCCAGUACCACUAAGGGGAGACUGACACUCCAACAGGCAGUGGCAUCGCUCCGCCAGCAGGGCCGGGAAGUUGUUUCAUUUGCCCAGUUUUUCUGGACCAUGGCAAGGGGCUUGGAGUAUCCGGACUCUACUCUAAAGGAGGUUUUUAAUCUCUGCUUGGAUGAUCCCCUACCAAAAUGGGAGAUGGAGCAACUAAGAGGCAUAGAUUAUUGGACCUUUUCUAAAUAUUUGCACCAUCGCAAGGACUGGCAGAUUCUUACACCCCCAGAGUCAGUCUGCAGGGACCAUGCCACCUUUCCUCCCACGCCGAGUCAAAUUCAAGACCCUAUCCCAUCUCCUACGUUGAAGCGUAGAAUGAGGAGGAAGAGAGCUGCCCAGAACGCCGCAUCAGUUGCAGAGCCGGUUGAAUCUGCCCUUGCAGCGCCAGAGCCGGUCGUGCCCACGCCAGAGCCGGUCGUACCCACACCAGUCAGUCUAGAGUUGAUUCAAAGUGUUGAAGUCACCCCAGAAGCUGCCAGUUGUGCACAUUUGAGCCCUCAAAGAUGUAAGAAGAGGAGGGCACCCAUUGUGCAGCCAAAUGCUCUUCUUUCAGAGAUCCCAAGCACACUGCGCCAAGAGGGUCUGAGUCCAGAGUUUGCCAAUCCAUUGACCUGGGAGGGUCCUAGUCAGGUGCCCCAGAGUCCAGUGGUUCCAAAGGACGUGAUUUUGAUGGUUCCUCCAGUGGUCGAGGAGGACCAGUGUCCGGAGAGCUCUAACACAUUGGUCCAGGAGGCCUAGACUCAGUUGGUCCUGUAUUCAGUGGGUCCAGAGGUAUACAGUCUGGAACCAAUGCCCAAGUCUGUCCAGUCUUCUCGAGUCAUUCCAGAGCCAGAUUGCAAAGAUCAACCUGCUCUCUUACCCUCACUGACUCAAGUCCCAGAUCAUCUUCUGACUCCAAGGAAGCAUAGGGCAAGAAGGAAGAGCACAGCCCAGAAUUCUGCAUCUGUCUCAGAGUCGGUCAAGUCUGCUCCAGUUAUUCCAGAGUCAAUCCAGCCUGCCACAGGCAUUCCAGAGCCAAUCAAGUCAGAUCCUGCUGUUUCAAAGCUAGUAGAGAUGGGGCCUUUCAUCCCAGAGGUGGCAAAGGCAACAACCAUAAUAAAGGUGGUUAAGUUAAAUGCAGUCAAUUCAGAGGCAGCUGAUAACCCACUGCUGUGUCCCCAGAAGCCGAAUUGAAUGAGUGCCGGUGUUGUGCAGUUUGACAUUCCCUCCCAGGAGGUUGCUAGUCCUCUGGUCCAGGAGGGCCUAAGCCAUGAGAUCCCAAGUCCAAAGGUCCAGGAUUUCUCAAGUCCGGGUGCCCUACCUCCAGUGGUCUUGGAGGACCAGCUUCAGAAUGUCCCUAGUCCUGUUAUCCAGGUGGACCCUAGUCAGGUGGUCCAAUAUCCAGUGGUUCCAGAAGAAUGUAACCUGGUGGAACCACACCCUAAGCUGCCCACUUCACCAGUUGUCUCUCUCCUAGAGAAGGAAUCUGUGACUGUCGAUGUAACUUCACCUGAACUACCAGUUAAUCAUGUCAUGCCCAAGAGGGGCAAUCAUACAAGUCAUGUUCCCAGAGCUUGCUGUUGAGAUGGCACCCCCUGAGCCCGUGUCAGCUCCAACCUUUGAGCCCAUCCCAGUGUCUGUGCCAGCUCCAGAGUCUGUGCUGGUCCAGGAGCCUCUAGAGUCCAUCACUGCAGCCCAGGAGGGCAUGUCAGAGUCAAGCCCAGUGCCUGUCCUUACAGCCCAGGAGGGCACCCCAGAGUCCAGCCCAAUGGCUGUCUCCGAAGCCCUGGAGAGUGCUUCCAAGUCCGUAUCGGAAUCCAUUCUUGCAUCUCCGGAAUUAUUUUCCCAAGGAUGCACCCUCUCUGCCCAUGUGGUCAUGACACCUGAGUUUGUCCCAAGGCACUUCACGCAUCAAGAGUUGGCCCCAGAGGCCAUAGAGGCUACUUCCAAGGUUGCGCCAGUAAAACAAGUCCACCUCCUUAGAAGGACCACCAACAAGAUCGCUAUCCCAUCCACCCCUUUAGCUAGUCCUUUUGGAUCCCAUAAGCCAGAACCUCCCUGGUCCUCAAACUAUUCCCCAGGAUUAUUUUCCUCCCUCCCAGUCCCACCCCUUAGGGUUCCUGGCUACCCUAGA